AUGAAGAAAAGAAAUAUCGGAGUUAUCGUAUACAAUAAUCCACCAGAAGAGCCCAAAAGAUGGAUGAAAAAUUUAGGCGGAAAGAGGAAUAAGGAUCAGCAGAGAGGUGGAAAAAUUUCCGAAAACAGCUAUGAAAUCCAAAACCCAGCGAAACGUGAGCAGGAAGCAGUGUCUCCUUGGCAAGGGCCGACGACAGUUUAUCCAUCAUCUGUGGGCUUUCAGCCGCCUCAUUGUUACCCGCCGCCGAUAAAUAACCACGAAGCGAACAUGGCUUACUUCCAAUCGAUUGCAUCCCACCAGCCACUUAGUUACCUGAAUCCUUAUUCGCUCCCUUCAAUUCCUCCUUUUCCUGCCAUCUCGACGGAGAGCCAGCCUCUUCCACCGGCAACUAUUACAAUCAACCAAAACGACCCUGGAAAAUCAAAAGGAAAAUUCAUCAACCUUCUUGAUACUGUGCUUAAGCUCAAAAGAACCCUCAGUGAUCCAAAUCCAAAUCAGUCGAGUUUGGCAGAGGCCGAAAAGCUUCGGAAGACACUGAAAAACUCGAGUUGUAUUUUGAGCGUCACAACUAGAGUGAAUGAUAAUCGAGUGCAGUUAGAAAAGUGGGAUUCAAUGGGACGCCCAAAAAAGGUUUACCUGUUCUUCGAGUUGUACAACCUACUCCACAAAUACGACAAGCAUCGACAAACCGUUAAACGAAUCCGCCCAAACAACAUCUACCGUGCAAAUUGUAAAAGCGAUGAGCUCACCACUAAAAUGAACCUGCUGUGCCUCAACCCAUUCCACUGGGAAUGCCUCAUGGAUAGAAAUGAGUUUACCGAAAGAAUGGUGAAAAUAGUUUGGACAGAAGAUAAGGGUGUUCACAUGAAAUCAAUCUGCGGUCUCUGGGCGGCGGAUAUUCACAAGUUCGUCGAUUGGAAUGAAAACUGCUCACCGGAGAAAUUUCUGGACCUUGUCAAGAUGCGAGUUGGCUGCUCUGAAACUAAAGAUAUCACUCAAAUGAUGAAUAUGUACUGCAAGAAGCUAAAAUUCCUCGGUGUUCGAAAACUCGAUUGCAUUUACUACAACGAGAAAACUUCAAUUGAGAAAAUACGAGAGAUCGAGCGACGCUUGGUCAAAUUUUGUCGGCCGGAAGUUUACGAAAAGUUUGCUGUUGGAAAUGAUAUUUUCAAUACUGACGUCGAGACCAAGUUUAGAUGGACUUGCGACGACGUCAAAACCAGCCGUAUCUGUUGCAACCCCGACCAUGUUGAUUCCGUCCACCCGAAUAAAGACCCUUUCCGGCUUAAUAAUGUCUUUGGGUACAAUGCUGCUAGCUCAAAGUUGAAAAAGAUAAUUGAGAGUAAAUCUGCUAAUGCUCCCUUGUCCAACUCCGAUGGACACAAAAUCUGGUGCUACUUGUAUUUUAAUAGAUAUGGAACGCGUUCACGAAAAACAGUUCACGACCAAUUCGUAGGCUGGUUUCUUACAGACAAGGUCAAAGAUGUCAAAUACGACUCCGAAAUAAACAUCGAGCCCCUGAUGACGCAAACUCACAUGGGCAAGAAUCUUAACGAAGGCGAGCUUCAAAAUCCUUCCUCUUUCAAUCUUCAGAAUAAAACGAUUGAUGACAAAAAGCGUUGCCAACGAUUAGGGCACAAAUGCUCGAAAGCAAUUUGUGACUUGUCGUUUGCUAGGCCAAAGAACUUUCAAAAAGCAUCAGGUGUUCGUCUUAGUGUUACCCUAAAACGAGAACCGACCCUUAUCGGCUUUGAUCAAAGCGAUUCUGCCGACUGCCACGAUUCGAUAAUAACAAUUCACAAUAAUGGAACGGAGAAGAUUUGGUACCACUCGAUGCUCACCGAGAUUCAAAAACUUGGCAAAACAGCCGAGAAAGAAAGCAAAGUAGUGACGUACAACGACUUAGAAGCCAUCGAUCCAUCCGUCUAUCGCGUCAUUCAUCCGGGAGAGAGUGUUCCUGUUUUCAAACUCAACUUGGAGUUUCGACGAUUGACGAGCUCUUUGACUUCGAAGCAACUGCGGAAUGUUCGAGAGAGGUUCUUUACCGUCUAUGUUGUCCCUGAGUGGGACUCAAAGACGGAGACGAUGUUUUCCGAUAUUGGAAAUGGCGUUGCUAAGUUUACUCACGCUGAUGGAUUAGGUGGAAUAGAACAUCUAGCCUUUAUUUCGGUAAUCCACCUCGACUACCUCAGUCACGCGGAAAAGCGUAAAACUCAAUCCUCGCUCUGCCCAGAUUCCGACACUUGA